GACGAAUGACGAGCGACGAACGCCGAACGUUCGCAUGUUUUGACAGUGAACAGAAUGUCCCCUUUGAAAACAUAAAUAAAUGGCCACCGUUGUUAUUACGUUUUUCCUAUUUGCACGAUUUUAUGUUUGUAAAAUGGACGCCGACUCUACGGAGAGGCGGAGGGAACGAUACACGUCCCGAAGAGACCGGUGGAGUAUGAACUCACAACGGCUAGAGCAAAUCGUCGCGGAGCUGAUGAAACCCAUCAGCGACAUCCGCCGAAGCUUCGACACAGACCUGAGCGCGCUCUUAGAGGAGUACUUGACGGAGGCGGGACUCCACGCGCUGGAGGCGGGCGAGCGCGAGGAUAACGAGGAGGAGGGACUUCCCGCAAAUGGCGUCCCCAACUUCGCGGAACUGGCGCUGGUGCUACAGCACUCUGCCUGCGUGUACGGACGGAAGGUCGACUUCCUGUACCAGCACGUGCUCAGCGUCAGCGACUCGCUGCAGCACAGCACGCAGGACGACGCGCCGCCCGACCAGCUGUCGCACGACGACUCGCACGUCGCCAAGCGCCGCCGCAGGGCCUCCGCGGCGUCCGGCGACUUCGUGCUCAUCGACCUGGAGCCCUGCCCCGGCGCCAGUCGCGAGCCCGACGCCCGCGUGCCGCCCACCCUGGCGCGCCACUACGUCGAGCUGGAGCCCCGCCCCACGGCUCUCUGGGAGCGCCCGCUCGUGGACUACCGGGGGGAGCCCAUCGGGCUGCCGGCCGACUUCUACGUCACUUGGAGGCUACAGAACGGAUUACUAGUGGACGAGCUGGUGUCCCCGUCGGGUCCUCGAACGGAGCCCCUGCGGCCCAUCUCUCUGGCAGAGCUGCAAGCUGCCAUCUUGGCGCACGGCCUUCCCUCUCCGGUGCGCACGUCCACACCCCUGAUGCUGGAGGCGCCGCCCCUCGAGCCGCCACCCAUCACUCCAGUCGUUGCCAAGAAUGAGAGGAAGCGGAGGAAUGAAGUCCACUUAGAAGACAUCGCCGAGGGUUCCUUGAGACUCGUCAUCAGCAAUGGCGGCCCCCGCCGUGACGUCAGUACUGAUUCCGCCGCGUGCACUGUGCAGAGCUGGGCGCGCGCCUGGCCGAGGUGGAGGAGUUCAGCGUCCGCGGCGGCUGGGUCUCGCGCGUCAUCCGGCGCCGGAAGCUGCGGCUGCUGCACCAGAGACACAAGUCACGGAAGGAGGAGGAAGACUUCACAGUGUUUCGCGGUUUUGACAUGGCGGAGGAGGACGUCGGAGGGUUCCUGGGCUGGAGCCGCCCCCCCGCCGCGGCGCUUCCGGCCACCCCGGCCCUCCCGCCCCCCCGCACCGCUGAGGACAGUGACGACGACGGGUUCUUCGAGCAGAGCUCCCUGGGCGACUCCGACUCCUCGCGGCUGGACGAGGAGCAGCGGCACGCGGAGGGCGGGUGGCGCGGCGCGCUGGACGUGCGCGGCGUGGCGGCGCGCGUGCUGGCGGCGUGCGGGCCCCGCGCGCUGCCCGCAGACGCGCUGCUGGGCCGAGCGGCACCGCGCCCGCGGGACGUCUCCACCGUGCUGCUCGCCACGCUGUUCCUGGCCAACGCAGGCAACGUGGAAAUAAUUCAAGGUCCCCCGCUGAGUGUGAACUCGUUCUCAGUUCGGCUGCUGUCCACGGACCACACGCUCUACACGGCCGCUACACAACUUGAUCUCGACAAAAUAUCUCGGUGAACUCGAAUAACACACCGGCGGUAGAUACUACUGUUACGGAGCCGUGGGAAGCAUCUUGUGAACCACCUAAGAGUUCACAAGAAACUAGAGCUUAUUAAAUAAAGUAUUCUAGAUGAUUACCGUUUUAAGCACUCCCAAUCCCGCUGAGCUGAUACAGUUCAUAACAAAAUAAACUGAGGAAUUAAUUGAUUAUAACUUAUAACACUACUACACGCUACGUUCGUGCUCUGCGGUAAUCUGUUUUUAAAUAUUAUUGUAAUGCGUUUAGAUUUCGAUUACUUACAAAUACUGUUAAAAUAAUUGAUCGAUGGUUGUUUUCAAUUAACGUCGAGUGACAGAGAGGCUCAUAUCAAUUAUCCUAUAAUUUCAAAAAACGGUAGAAUUUUGUAAAUAAAAAAUUAACGAAUCCAGAAAUUUAUAUUCCUAUAUACUAUAAUCGGACGUAUUUUGUUUUUGUUUUUAUAUAGAUUGUACUGUUUUAUUUAAAUCAAUGAACAAUAUAUGUACAUAAUAUCAAUUGUAAAAAUUAAAUCUUGUAAAUAUGUGUGUAAAUGAAAUGUAAAUAGUUAUAAAUGUGAUACUAUGUCGCGUGCAGGGCACAGCUACUUGGGAACUGUAUGUACUUGCAGUUAUUUAGGUGCACACGGCCACAUGUACGGGCGCGGCCGCCCUACAGGGGACGGAAAUUGCAUUAUCUCCACCCGGAAACAUAUUAGACCUAUAAUGGUGAAAUGGAAGAAAUGCCUUCCUGUACCUUGAAUCUGUAUGUUUUGGGUACUAAUUGGAGCCGCACGAUGUGCAGCGCGCAUAACAUUCGUUUUUACUGGUGGUAGGACCUCUUGUGAGUCCGCACGUGCAGAUACCACCACUAUUUCUGCCGUGAAGCAGUAAUGUG